GGCGGGGCGAGGCAAUGAGACCGUUGUUUGCAGUAGCCAAUCAGAGCCGAGCGCUUCUGUGGCUGUAUAUAAACCCAAGCUCCGGUCUCUGCUGCUCAGUAAACCAAGUACAGUUUUGGUGUUUAUAACUAUGAGAAGGAGUUAGGAUAUUCUCCGACUUUAUCAUUGAAAGAAAACAUCUGCGUGUAAUCCGUUGGCUGACUUCGAUUCUGACAUUACUUUUACGGCGUCUGUGGAUAUUUUGUCCUAAUUUUCCGUUGUAGGCUUUGGAUAGUAUAUUUCUUUUGCCAAAAUGCGUCUGAUCCAGAACAUGUCUACCAUUGCGGAGUACCCCAGCGCCGAAGGCGCGUCCAAACGGGUCAUUAAGAUCGCAGUCAUCGGCAGCAGUGGAGUUGGCAAAACCGCGUUGGUGGUUCGUUUCCUCACUAAGCGGUUUAUUGGUGACUACGAGAGAAACGUCGGCAACCUGUACAACAGAGAAGUGCAGAUAGACGGAGAACAAGUGGCCAUUCAAGUUCAAGACACACCUGGAGUUGAAGUGAACGCUAAUGGAUUGAGCUGCACUGACCAGGUAUCUCGCUCCAUUCAGUGGGCAGACGCCGUAGUUAUGGUCUUUUCCGUUACCGACUGCCGAAGCUUUGAUCUCAUUGGCCAGCUCCACCAGCUUGUUACCCGCACCCUUACGGAUAGGUCCUUGCCAAUCAUCCUGGUGGCCAAUAAAGCCGAUCUUCUCCACGUAAGGCAUGUAGAUGCUCAAGAAGGUCCCCUGUUGGCUUCAGCGCUGGGCUGCUCCUUCUACGAGGUGUCCGCCAGCGAGGACUACAGCCAGGUCCACAGCGCCUUCCACAGACUGUGCAUAGAUCUGGCUAAGCAGCAGCCUCAGACCCCCGUCAAUGCAGCUUCAUCUGGAACAGAGAAGAAAAGAUCUCCCCUCAUCCCCCGGCCCAAAUCCCCCAACAUGCAGGAUCUGAAGAGGCGCUUCAAACAGGUGCUGUCCGCCAAGGUCCGUACUGUCACUUCAGUGUGAAGAGGGUUCGAAUACCAGCAGGAGAAGCAGAACAGAAGUGCAGGAUUAAGAGAGAAGAGAAGAUCUCUCUGAAUGUAUAGGUCUCGCUCCUUGGAAGUUCCUGAGAUCCGUUGAUGAUCAGCAGACCGCUUCCAAUCAGAGGCCCCUGAAACUAGACCUCUGAUUUUGUCAUGGUUGCUGAAAAACAAACAAACAAGCAGAGUCAGGUGAAGUCUUACAUUUUCACCAGUGCUGGUGGACACUUGUGUUCCUGUCACUUAUAUCCUUGUGGACACAGCAGGAUUCUGGGAGACGUGGUCUUAGUUCCUUACAGAGGGACAGUGCAAAGACAGAAUGACUGAAUGGAACACACAAAAACACUAUUAUUAACACUCUGCCUUACCUGUGAAAUUUUAAGACACGUUCUACUGGCAACAGAGAUGGUGAAGGCUGCAAAAACAGACUAUUUUAAGAAUUGCUUUUCUGAAAGGCAUGGGAGAGUUUUUUGUUUCUUCUUGUGGUCAAGGCUUUUACGGUCUGAAUGAAGGCAUUGUUAAACGACAAGACACUCAAGCUAAGCGUAUAAAAAGAGAGUGUGUGCGUGUAUCUUUUACAGUCCUACUCUUGUGUACAAGGCCAGAAUGUUUCUCCUGGUUUUGUGUAACUGUGCUUUGUGCCACUUUUCUAUAGUGGAGUAGAAGAGAUUCUUCUUGUGUAAAUGCACUUUAAAAAAGCCAAAGGGCUGAAGCUCAGAGUUAUUUAUUUAUGUUAUUUGAUUGUGAUUGGAAAUAAAGAGUUGUUUUUACAAAAAUACUUUGUGUCUGAAUGUAUAAGCACACUCAUUCAUUCUGUUUAA